AUGGUUUUCAACAAAAGGUAUUUUGUAAAAGGAAGAAAAGAUGGAGGACCUUGUAGUGAAGAGAUAGAACAUGUUGAUUCGGCUUUUACACUCCUUUAUUAUAUCUAUUCCUUAGGUGUACAAGAUUAUUUGCCUUAUUUGAGGUUGGUAGAUUUAGAUGGCCAUGAAAAUAUUGUCAAGAGAGCAAUGUGGGUUGUGAAUAAGUAUCAUGAUCCAAUUAUUGAAGAGCGGAUUCGACAAUGGAGCGAUGGAUCUAUGAAAAAUAGACUGCCUGAAGAUUUGCUAGAUGUUCUUAUAUCUCUUAAGGACGAACACGAGAAUCCAUUGUUAUCAACUGAAGAGAUCAAAGCUCAAGCAACAGUAAGAGAUAUAAUACUUGUAACGGUAGAUAAUCCAGCCAAUGUUGUUGAGUGGGCCAUGGCGGAGAUGAUAAAUCAACCGGAAAUUCUCAAGAACACUGCAGAAGAAAUUGAUAAGGUAGUUGGUAAGAACCGCUGGGUACAAGAAUCUGACUUUCCAAAACUCAAUUAUGCAAAAGCUUGUGCUAGGGAAGCACUUAGACUCCAUCCAAUAGAUCCCUUUAACCUUCCGCAUGUAUCAAAAUCAGAUACAAUUGUAUCAGGAUAUUUUAUCCCCAAAGGAAGUCAUGUAUUAUUAAGUCGCAUAGGAUUAGGCCGGAACCAUAGAAUUUGGCAGGAACCACUGAAGUUCAACCCAGAACGUCAUCUAAUGUCAAAGGAUGGUGGAACAGCUAAUGUGGAUCUCACUGAGCAGGAACUAAGAUUCGUAUCAUUUACUACUGGACGACGAGGAUGUGUUGGUGGUCCACUUGGGACCGCGAUUAGAAUCAUGUUAUUAGCUAGACUUAUUCAAGGAUUAGACUGGAGUCCUCCACCAGGAGAAUCGGUGAUAGAUCUUUCAGAAUCGGCUAAUAAUUAA